GGUCGGUGUAGAGCCUGUAUUUUGUUUCUUCCUGCUGGAGUAAUUUACAGGCUGCUGAAAUGGCGGGCACCCAGGAUCCACACAAACAUGCGCAAUGCGAGGAGAUGCAGAGGAAAAUUGAACUUCUGGCCUGUGUCUUCCAGAGCGCGACAGAACCGCAGAAUAUGAGACGUCACAGGCUCUUCUGAAGAAGAAGAAAGACAACAUCCGCCAGCUGAGGGAAGAGAACAGGAAGCUCUAUAAGAAAGUUAUAGAAUCUGAUUUUGACCCCUCGAUCAGCCGAGACAAACUGGUGCGCAAGAUCAUGGAGAAAACAAAUCGCCUCAACGCCAUGAAGCACAGAAAUAAGACCUGGAAGAGCCAGCUGGAGAAUAUGAAGAAGGAGUACCAGAGGAUGAAGCCCAAAGGCAACCUCGGUCUGCCCGACGAUGCCAUGAAACUUCGUGAUUUGGACACCAGACUGAAGAAAACUCAGCUGAAAAUCGACGAGGCUGAAGACUUGCAAACCUACUACAUGAAGGUCAAGAGACACCUACAGGAGGAGAGUGUCUGCUUCCAGAGCCAACUGGACAGUCUGCAAGACGAGAUCACUCGGGACAAAAAGGAGCUGACAAGCUUGGAGGUCAUGAACAAGAAAGCCCAGAUGGCUAAAGACACCGUGAAGGCUGAGUUGCAACAGCAGGAGGAGCUUCUCUCCAAAGAGCGACAAGAGCGGGAUAAUUUCAUAGCAAGCUACAACAGGAAGAUCGAGGAGAGGAAGGCUCGAGCCAGACGACAAGCCAAAAAGAACCAAAGAGGAAGUGCUGCGUCUGAUGACAUGGUCACCACUUGGGAGGAAGAUAAAAACACAGCCGUGCUAGAGACUUUCCAGCAGAUCAAAGAGGCUAUUGGAGUCAGGGACGCUGAGGAUCUGGUUCAGAAGUUUAGCUCUCAAAAGAAAACCCAGGAGCAUCUGGAGAAGAUGAAGGAAGAGAGCGUGAAAGUGCUCAUGCAUCUGAAGAGGCGGAGGGAGCAGCUGCUCCAGCAGUUUGAAGACAUGAAGAAUGCUGAAGAAGCAGACAACUCCAGAGAGCUGCGGAGUCUGGAGGAGAGCGAGCAGAAUCUGCUGGUUGAGGUCCAAAGGUUCGAUGCGGCCACUGACCAGCGGGACAAGGUUUUCAAAAUCCUCAGCACUGUUCGGGCCGGAGUGCGGCACAUCGCAGACAAACUUCAACAAGUUCCACUUGUGCAGGAGGUUUACCCCGAAGUGUCUCCGGACUCAGACCAGUACGUGUUGGUGCAGAUGAUCCAAUGUGAGAUGAAGCUGAAACUACUACAAGGGGAACUUGAAGGAGAAGAUGAGGCUGACAUUUUGAGGGAGAUGGAAGAACAAAAGUUCUUCAUGAAAGUAGAAGAGGACCUGCCGGAUGAGAACACACGAGCGAGGCUGCCUGAUGACGAGACGCUUGAGAUUCAUGAAGAGGAGGUUGAAAGUGACGAGGAAGACGCUAACAUUGUCACCAAGGAGGAACUGAAGAACAGGUCCAAUCAGAUCAUCGAGGCCAAGUCACAGAUAAAACAUCGUUCCACAAAUGAAGUCGGAAUCAGCCGUUAUCUUGGGGGUGAAGCUUUAGAGGACCAUCUGAGUGGAGUCAAAAAUACAGGCGAUAAAUGAGACAGGAUGUGAAGAAGCACCACGGGGACAAGGAAGGAGCCCUGUGGAACACCACGAGAGAAAAGUUGAAUCAUCUGGCACUUUGAUCAACAGAGUGUGCACAAUGUAUUUGUCCAGCCAAAAAUAUAUAUCUGGCAACGUGAAGUUUUAGGAACAAUUCAACUUGAAACAAUGUAUUCUAAAUGUUUUCAGCUACACAAACACUAGCAGUUUGUGUGAAGUAUCACUCUCAAAACCUUCAACAGGUGGGAACAUACAGUAUAUAGAUUUGCCUGGUUCCAAAUACCACAUGACGUCAUUAGUCAUUGAUUUACUGUAGAAGUAUUGUAAUGUUUUCAGUCAUAGCAGGAGUAGUUUUUUUUUCAGUUCCAUUCAUUGUCACUUACUCGUGGCUCCUCGCAGUUUACAUACUCUAUUUGCUUCAUCAUUGAUAAAGAUCAAGAUGGAGCAGAGUGAAAAACAGUUCUGGUUUCGGCCUCAAUUGUGUUUUUGUUCACAUUUCUUUUUGCAAACAGAUGCCCCUUAUUUUUUUUUAUAUAGUUAUGGUUUUAAAGCUGAAUGUGGAUGCAUCUGUUUUUUGUUUUUUUUAAUGUAAUUUUUUAAAAAUGUAUUCGUGUCAUGAUUUUUAUGCUCUUGUUGGCCAUCCAAGUAAUUUCUGCCACAGCUUUAUGAUUUUUAGGUUAAAAAUAAAUAAGUAAAUAAUAAUUAAAUACAUUAUGGUGUUCAGCCCUAUUGUCACUAAGUUCCUUUUUUUUCCUCUGUAUAUUUCCAUCGUAUCUUCUUUGUUAGUCUACAUUAUAUAUUAGUUUUUGCCACAUCUCUGCUACUUAACUAAUUUUGGCUCUGUACAAACUGUCCAUUGAGAAAACCAAACAGUAGCCGUUGAACAUCUUGGUUGUUUGUAAUGUACUGAGUGUAUUUUCAUCAGGUUCUAUGUGACAUUAUUUCCUCUUAGCUUCCUGAUCGAUUCGGCAUCAACCUUUGUAUUUUUCACGGGUAAAUUGAGUUCCAUUUCUCGGUGUGACUCAGAACCUGAGGUGACGUUCUGUGGACGACCGCAGCAACACCUUAAAGCACUUGUGCUAUGUGCUGCUUCCAGUCCUGUCCUUGUCCUGCCACUCUGCCCAAACAAGUUGAUGGACCUGUUUUUAACACUUGACUUCACGCUAAAUCAAACGUACAGCCUCCCCAAUGUCCUUGUGCAAAGUCCAAGAAUGUUCUGUACCUUUUGUGGUGAAGCUCAUUAUUUUCUUAUCUACCUGUUCUCAGUAAAAUCCUGUUUGAAAAUAUGUUGUUGGUGUUUAAGCUCUCCAAAUUAUUGCUGCAGAAUUGUUUUAUAUUGUUUGUUUGUCGUUGUUUUUCCCUUGUUGUUACCUCACAUGUAUUAAAUUAUAAAUAAUAUCUGUAUUUAAUAUUAAUAAUAUCAAUUACUUUUUUGUUCUUGUUUUUUUAAUGCUGUUAGUAAAAUGCAACUUAAGUGUCUUUUGUAUAUUUAUCUUGAAUGACAAA